CAUAGAAUGCAUCCUACCAGCCCAAAGAUGAGCAGCCUCCCCAUCCUGCACCUUCUCCUGCUCCUGCUCACAGCCUAUGCCUCUCAAGCACAGGGGCUGCCCUUGCCGACGAGCUCGACCAAGGAAUACGUCAACAUGAUGAUGAGGGAAAUUGAGAGCAUCCUGAACAAACCGCCUUUGCCUCCACAAGAACCGUUGGACGUAAAUGAGAUAUACAUCCUGAACAAUGAGGCCUUUCUGAUGCUAAACCUGGAUACCUUCCUGGAAGCUGCCAAGAAUUUGCAGGAUAAAGGAAUGAGAAUUGGGAAAAUUCUUGAGAAACUCAAAGAGACAAUCUCGUCCGCCCCCAUGACCACGGAAGAGCCAAUCUAUAUCAAGAAAGGUAACUGGGACGAUUUCUGGAGGAAAAUGACUAAAUAUCUGAACUUCCUUCAGAACUACCUCAAGAAGUCCUAG